GGAGCGUGUUACUGUUGCUAGGAGACGGCGGACACAACUGUCCUGUCGCGAACUCACAUCCAAACCUUUCUGCUUAUUAUUGCAGCACCACGCCAAAGAAAUCUGUUUGGAAACGCCACUUUUUGUAUUUUAACAUUUUCUAUUUUUGUCAAGCACUGCGUUGCCAUGUCUUUCAUCAAACCCUCAAAACCAGACCCUCCAUCCUCAGCUUUAAAGGAAUCCAUGACACUAAAAUCUGGAUUUCGACACACAGUGUUUUCCCUCAAUGGAAAUAAAUACACCGGGGAAUGGCAGGACAACAAGAAGCACGGCAUUGGAACUCAGAUAUGGAAAAACACUGGAGCCGUUUACAAUGGUGAAUGGAGAUUUGGCAAAUAUGAUGGAUAUGGCACCUACUAUGUGUUAGAGCCUGAAUCAAAAAGUUAUGUGUGGAAGUACGAUGGAGAGUGGAAAAAUGGAAUGAAGCAUGGCUACGGGAUUUACUUUUACAAUGACACGGCAGUGUAUGAAGGAGAGUGGAGCGAGGGCCAACGCAGCGGGCGGGGAAAAAUGUUCCACGAGAACGGAGACGUCUAUGAGGGAGAGUGGAUGAAUGAUAAGAACCACGGGGAAGGAAAACUCUUGUUUGCAAAUGGAAGCUGGUAUGAGGGCUCCUGGAAAGACGGCAAGAGGAAUGGCAACGGGAAAUCUUACAAUUCUGAAAAAGGCCUGCUUUAUGUAGGUUUCUGGGUAGACGGAGAAGCAAAAUGUGGAACUUUAUGUGAAUAUGAAAAGGACAAAGCCCCAGAGCCAUCAAAGAGUACAUUUCCAAAGCUUCACUUGGUGGACUCAGAGCUGGUUUUAAAGGAAGCUCAGUCAGCUUAUCAGUCCUGAUAGACACGCCCACUGAUGAAGAAUAAACACCAACAGAAUUAUUUA